AUGUUUGAGAACCGAGAUGGGUACGGGUUGAAACGUAUCAAGAUCACAGCAACCGUGACUUCGUUCAAAAACUGGAUCUGGCCGGCAUACAAGUCAGAAGUCAAAAAACUCUCCACCAAAUUCCUCGGCGCCGUCGCCGGAAUCGACGCCACCUUUGACAGAAUCUUCGCAUGCACGCUCUUCGACACCGAUGCACUCGUCUUUGCAGCCGGCGGCGGCGGCGGCUUGUUCGACUUCUUGGGCGCCCAGCCAUAUGUCUGCGCCCAGAGAUCCGCCGCCCUUUGGGGCGCGUCGGCGCCGAGAUCCGGAGCCAUCCACGCGCUCUCCACGGCGCCAGUUGCCUUGCGCGGCGUUGUCGGUUUUGGGGAAGGGCUGGGGAUCGAGUGGUUCCCUGUUACGGUCGUUUACGUUGAAGUUGAGCAGCUUGUCCUUGGAGAUGGUUGGUGGUGGAGCGGUGAGCGUCAGGCCCAUGACGGCGGGCAUGAGGGUUUGUUUCGUGCCGUCCAGGAGGUCGCCGAUUUGGUUUGGGUUCUUGAGGCCCUGAUUCGAUGGAUCAUGUUGGUCAUUGUCUGUCGAGAAACGAUCAGUAUACAUCCCCGUUUCGACAUUGAGCACAUGAUCAUUGUUUGGAGGCUUCGAAUCCUGGUGCAGCAAGUUGUAGAACGUCUCCAUUGUGACUGGCAAAGUUGGAUGUGGGUUGGAUCCUUCGCGGAGGUUAGUUGGCGAUUGAAUCUGUGGGGCUGCGCAUUACUUACCAAAGUAAAUAUCGAAGCCAAACACCCAGAAAUCGACGUGUACAUAACCGAUGAAAGACUGCGGAGAGAGAACGCCGUCUAUGGCCAUGGUACCCGCACCGAAGUCAACCACGGCGGCGAUAAGCAUCUGCACCCACAUGAGCUUGAAGUCUCCCUCGGUCGGCACCUGGGAUAUGCAGUCGGCGAAGAGACCGAGCUUGACGGAUGGAUCGAACUCGAUAACGACGACCGCUUCCAUCAACAUCAGCUGCAACGCAUUGACGGUCAGGCCGGCCGCAAGCCACGGAUCGCCGCCAAGGACGUUUGGGUCGAAGAACGGGAAAUUGGGGACUGUGGCCGCAGUCGGGAACGCCAGCGCGGAAUUGUAUCCGAAGCCGCCGACGAUGGUGGUGACCUCUGCAAACUCGAGCUCGAUGAGCGGACCGACAAGAUCGGCGAACAAGCUGACCGUUUCGAACGACGAGAGGUUGCCUACGCUGAUCACUCCGUACUCCCCGCAUGCCUUGAAAACGUAUGGAUCGAUGGUGACCGCAAUACCGCCAAUAUACAUCGGAUCUCGGUACUCGAACAUUCCUGCCAUGACCACUGGCGGGAGAUUCGCCAGGGUGACAUCACUGGUCAAGUCGAUUCCGAGCGUGAGCCCGAGUAA